UUUAACAGCCCUGACAUGGAAACCCCAUUGCAGUUGCAGCGCGGCUUCUUCUCGGAGCAGCCGCCGCCGCCGCCGCGCUCCUCGCACCUGCAUUGCCCGCCGCCGCCGCCGCCGCCGAGCCAGGACAAGCCGUGCCCGCCCUUCGCGUCCCUCCCGCAGCCGCACCCGCACCCCCAGCACCGCCCGCACCUCGGGCACCCGCCGCCGGGCGGCGGCGGCGGCGGCGGCAGCAGCCCAUGCCUGCGGUGCAACAGCUGCGCCUCCUCCGGGGCCCCGGGGGCGGGGGCGGGGGAUAACCUGUCCCUGCUGCUCCGCACCUCGUCGCCCGGCGGCGGCGCCUUCCGGACCCGCACCUCGUCGCCGCUGUCGGGCUCGUCGUGCUGCUGCUGCUGCUGCUCGUCGCGCCGGGGCAGCCAGCUCAACGUGAGCGAGCUGACGCCGUCCAGCCAUGCCAGUGCGCUCCGGCAGCAGCUCGCGCAGCAGCCGGCGUCCGCCUCCCAGUACCACCAGUGCCACAGCCUGCAGCCCGCCGCCAGCCCCACGGGCAGCCUCGGCAGCCUGGGCUCCGGGCCCCCGCUCGCGCUCGCGCACCACCACCACCACCACCCCCCGCCGCAGCCGCCCCCGGCGCGCCGCGAGAGCAACCCCUUCACCGAAAUAGCCAUGAGCAGCUGCAGGUACAACGGGGGCGUCAUGCGGCCGCUCAGCAACUUGAGCGCGUCCCGCCGGAACCUGCACGAGAUGGACUCGGAGGCGCAGCCCCUGCAGCUGCCCGCGGCCGUCGGAGGCGGCGGCGGCUCCGCGUCCUCCCCGUCUGCCGCCGCCGCCGCCGCCUCGUCCCCGGCCCCGGAGAUCGUGGUGUCCAAGCCGGAGCACAACAACUCCAACAACCUGGCGCUCUACGGAGGCGGCGGCGGCGGGAGCACCGGCGGCGGCGGCGGCGGCAGCGGCCACGGCAGCAGCAGCGGCACCAAGUCCAGCAAGAAGAAGAACCAGAACAUUGGCUACAAGCUGGGCCACCGGCGCGCCCUGUUCGAGAAGCGCAAACGGCUCAGCGACUACGCGCUCAUCUUCGGCAUGUUCGGCAUCGUGGUCAUGGUCAUCGAGACCGAGCUGUCUUGGGGCGCCUACGACAAGGCGUCGCUGUACUCCUUAGCUCUGAAAUGCCUUAUCAGUCUCUCCACGAUCAUCCUGCUCGGUCUGAUCAUCGUGUACCACGCCAGGGAAAUACAGUUGUUCAUGGUGGACAAUGGAGCAGAUGACUGGAGAAUAGCCAUGACUUAUGAGCGUAUUUUCUUCAUCUGCUUGGAAAUACUGGUGUGUGCUAUUCAUCCCAUACCUGGGAAUUAUACAUUCACAUGGACGGCCCGGCUUGCCUUCUCCUAUGCCCCAUCCAUAACCACCGCUGAUGUGGAUAUUAUUUUAUCUAUACCAAUGUUCUUAAGACUCUAUCUGAUUGCCAGAGUCAUGCUUUUACAUAGCAAACUUUUCACUGAUGCCUCCUCUAGAAGCAUUGGAGCUCUUAAUAAGAUAAACUUCAAUACCCGUUUUGUUAUGAAGACUUUAAUGACUAUAUGCCCAGGAACUGUACUCUUGGUUUUUAGUAUCUCCUUAUGGAUAAUUGCCGCCUGGACUGUCCGAGCCUGUGAAAGGUACCAUGAUCAACAGGAUGUUACAAGCAACUUCCUUGGAGCAAUGUGGUUGAUAUCAAUAACCUUCCUCUCCAUUGGUUAUGGUGACAUGGUGCCUAACACAUACUGUGGGAAAGGAGUCUGUCUGCUUACUGGAAUCAUGGGUGCUGGUUGUACAGCCUUGGUGGUUGCUGUGGUGGCGAGGAAGCUAGAACUUACCAAAGCAGAAAAACAUGUGCACAACUUCAUGAUGGACACUCAGCUGACUAAGAGAGUGAAAAAUGCAGCUGCCAAUGUACUCAGGGAAACAUGGCUAAUUUACAAAAAUACCAAGCUAGUAAAAAAGAUAGAUCACGCAAAAGUCAGAAAACACCAACGAAAAUUCUUGCAAGCUAUUCAUCAAUUAAGAAGUGUAAAAAUGGAGCAGAGGAAACUCAACGACCAAGCAAAUACCUUGGUGGACCUGGCAAAGACACAGAACAUCAUGUAUGACAUGAUCUCCGACUUGAAUGAAAGGAGUGAAGACUUUGAGAAGAGGAUUGUUACCCUGGAAACCAAAUUAGAAACUUUGAUUGGGAGCAUCCAUGCCCUCCCCGGCCUCAUUGGCCAGACGAUCCGGCAGCAGCAGCGAGAUUUCAUCGAGGCCCAGAUGGAGAACUAUGACAAGCAUGUUGCCUACAGCCCGGAGAGGUCCCGGUCCUCCUCACGGAGGCGGCGGUCCUCCUCCACUGCGCCACCAACUUCAUCAGAGAGUAGCUAGAAGAGAAUCAGUUAACCACAAACUAAGACUUUUUUGCCAUCAUAUGGUCAAUAUUUUAGCUUUUAUUGUAAAGCCCCUAUGGUUCUAAUCAGCGUUAUCCGGGUUCUGAUGUCAGAAUUCUGGGAACCUGAACACUAAGUUUUAGGCCAAAAUGAGUGAAAAACUCUUUUUUUUCUUUCAGAUGCACAGGGAAUGCACCUAUUAUUGCUAUAUAGAUUGUUCCUCCUGUAAUUUCACUAACUUUUUAUUCAUGCACUUCAAACAAACUUUACUACUACAUUAUAUGAUAUAUAAUUAAAAAAAGUUAAUUUCUGCACA